AUGUCAUGGACAACAGUGUUCGAGGACGGAGGAUCCGUAUGUUCCGCUCGAGCUUCUCUACGCGAUCUACCAAACAUCGUCCCCUACGCCGACGUUUCACGGCGUGAGUCAACAGCGUUGCACCGUUCGUGGGAGACGAUCCUAGAAGAUGGAGGUUAUUUAGCGUCGAUCACAUCAUCCAUCGCGUCAGGGUCACUCCGCCGAGUUGUUCGGCCAUACCCGUCACUGCUGUUCAUUGCCGAUAUGUCUUCAAUGGAGAAGGAGCCGGAGGAAGAGAGGAGAGCCUCUCUCGACACAGUGUACGAGUCGGGAGGCGAAGUCGGUUCGCCGAAACUGGCUAGACCUGCGAGUCUUCUGCCAGAGACUCCGACGUGAUCAUGUCCUGGCCCGGAAGAAGAAUACGCCAUGACGUCUUUGAGUUCAUGACGGGAAUACAGCAACUUGCAUUUCUUGCGAGUACUACUACUACCACACGGAUUGAUGACCUAACGAAGAUCCUAUCUCUCAGCGUCAGCAUUUCCCAAAGGCAGACUGGCAGGGGUGUUGCACAAUUGGCACCAAACCCAUCUCAAGCAUUCCGAGCACGCCUUCCGAGUCAUUCCUUCUCUUCAUUGCGAAGAGAAAGCUGAGGGAGAAUGGAGAACCCGGAUCAAGACGAAGGGGCCUCGCGUUGCAUGCAAUUGGGUCCCCUUGUCUGAGGGUAUGAC